GAUGAUGGUCAACAUCUAUUCAAAUCUGGCGUAAAUAGAAUUUUUGAUUCGUCGUUUGAAACGCGAUACGACGCAAUGUCGACCAGCGACAGCAUGAGUACGACCAGUAGCCACCACGAGCCAGGCCUAGCCCACAAAGGCCUGAUAUGCACCAACUGCUACGACGAAACCAUGAACCUUAAGGUUGUCGGAGCCUGCAAACACGCGUUCUGCCUCUUCUGCGUCUCCACUCACUUAGAGGACCAUCCAGGAGGCCCCAGCGUCUUUGCCUGUCCCACAUGUAAGAUCGAAUGUCCCUUGCCAGCCCAGGGCAUCGAAGGCCUAGUCGAUGUGACCGGAUCCGACUCAGAUGAUGAGGCAGCGGACUCGGGAGUUCCGGAGAGUACGACAGAGAGUGAUAAAUCUUUUGGGGACAGCUCAUUCGAAUCAACGGACUGUCGCGUGUGUCAUCACCGCGGCGUGAGCUCGACUGCUGAGAACCGGUGCGAGGACUGCGAUGAUCUGUUCCUCUGCGAGAACUGUAGCAACGUCCAUAAUAGGAAGUUCGAAUCCGCUGGACAUGUUUUGUCAAGUCUUCAUGCUAUCACUGAGGUGAUCCAGGAUAGUGGGAUCUGUCUGGCCCAUCACGAGCGCUUGAAAAGCUACUGUCGGACGUGCGGGCAGCCUGUCUGCCAUGUGUGCGUGAUGUUAGAUCACGUGGAGCACGACACGGAGAAGAUCGGCGAACUCGUUCGGACCGAAGUCACAGAUAUCCGCAAGAAGAUCGACGAAGGGAAGCAGAAGAUACGCCAUCUUGAUCACGCGCAGAAGGAUGUCAUGGCAACCAAGGAGGCCAUCUUGGAUUGGAAGCAGACGAUGUUGCGGCGAAUUGAAAAGAAAGCUGAAGACCUGAUAACAGAGAUUACCAAGCAACGAGACGCCAUGAAACAGAAGAUCAGAGGAGGGUUUGAUAUUGCCGAAAUGUCGGCGACCAUACUCGAGAUCCCGGAGAUUCAGAAGACGAUUAAGAACUGCAUCGGGAAGUCCGAGCUCUUGCUCACGGAGACCACUACCCACCCAAUAUUUUACGACAGGCUCGUCGACGCGAAGGAAGACUUGGAAAUCGUCUUAGAGACGGAAAUGGAGACAGCUCACUGGGAGAGGUUGAAACAGCCUUUUCCAUCGUUCAUUCCUAGUGAGCAGAAAAUUGAGCUGGGCACUGUGGCCAAUACCACUUUCACCUCUGCUGAAACGGUUCCAGGGAUGAGCUGGUAUUUCAAAACGAAGGAAGAUCACGUGAUCUCCAGCGUUGUCAACCUCGGCAUUGACUGCUUUGCCAUUGCAGCGCCAUCGAGCCCUGUGCGGAGGACGGAUGCCAUUGAGAUCAGGCACAGCCAGCGCUCCGUCAAGCUGAUGAAGGACAAGGUGCACCCAGCAAUUGACAUGGCCCACACCCCUGGCGGAAAGCUAGCCACGUUGACCUACGGGCAAACCCAAGGUCAAGGUUGUAUCCGCUUGUUCGACGCCAGCAGAGGCUAUCUGCGCUCGAUUGAAGGUUUCGCUAUGGACAUCCCGCUCUCCCUGUCAGUGAACAUUCAAGGACAGUACAUGGUCCUCGACCAAGAUGCCCAAGCCGGCCCGAGGAUUUCCGCUGUCAACGCAGCAGGUGUAAUAGACCGCGCGCACCCACUCCGCAACGACAAGCACGGGAUUCGCGACAUUUCAAGAGUCACUUGCGGGGGUCAGUUCAUCUAUAUCAUGGGUGAGAACGGUGUCGCCGCCUAUGCUUUCAACAAUGGAAGGUUCGAGUUGAAGUCGAGUUUCACGGGUCAUACCUGGCUGCACGGGCUGGACGACAUCGCUGCGACAGUCACUGACGAUGUCUACUUGGCGUAUCGACAUAAGAUCGGGAGGCGCCGGGAGGUGUUCGUGGCUCGCAUCCUAAAAAAUGGCGGCCUACCAGACUGGUCCUAUGAACCCCACUUGAUCAACGAGAAGGUCAAGAAAAGGACAAGGUUAGACGUGAAGAAUAACACUUUGAUUCUGUCGGAUGGAAAUCACUAUGCCAUCUAUAUGCUGAAGUAGACACUAUUGUGUUAACAAGAGAAUGGUCUUUACAGGCCUAGGACGUUUGUAUAAUUUUGCGGUUGUUUCCAUGAAAAUGACACACGCCAUUGAGAUGCCAGCGCUAGUAAAAUUGCCGUUUUUGGCAGAUUUGCGAUGAUUGAAACAAUACAGUUUACCUUGCUGUAUUCUCGUAUGACAAACAUACGUUAAAUGUACAUGUAGCGAACGGGAAAAUUGAUACACACAACAAUUGCAUACAGAUAACGCACGGGCAUCCAUACAUAUGCUUGCAUUAUAACUGACUAUCGGCGUCACAUGGCGUUAGAAAAAGAAAAUAGAUGCAGUUGGACCAAAAGUUGAAAUAUGUGAACGAAAGUAUUUAAGUAUUUAAGUAUUGUCAGAGAUGGCCAUCUAUUCACGAAUAACAUUGCUGUGAAAAGCUCCAAUGCAGUGUUCCAGACAAAAAUACGCGGAUAGAGCGAGAGAUGCCUUAAAUGGCGGGCAUGGUUGUUCUCCUAGGUCGUUAACCUGCCCUCUAGUGAGGAUAUCACCAACCUCACAAUGUACUGUGGGUUACGCGUGGUCAGAAAGCCAUUGAGGUGGGUUUUUUUGGGGGGUGGAGUGAUUAUCAAAAGUGAAGCUCUCGUUUUGUGUUUGAGUUCAGAUAUAAGUCAUCACAAAAAAAAGGUCAGCAGUUGUCUCUUCCUAUUUACACCAGUAUCUUUCAAAUAUUUAUUUGAAAGACUAUGUUCAUACCAUCCCUGGAAAGUAAGUCCUGCCUUUUUUUGUGGUUAUCCUCACGAAUCCCUUUCAUGCAUCCUCGAAUAUCUGGGUCAGUUGUAUGCUCCUCCCCUUGCACAUGUGACGUAAGGCCAUCAGGCUGAGACGUUAGAUUGAACAAGUUUAUUCAGUCAAGUACUUGGCACAACUGGAAGUCGUCCAACACUACAUUGUAUCCACUUUGGACGAUGCUUUUCAUAGGAAAGAAUAGUCUCCUUAUCAUCUUAUUUGACAUUUAAGUUUGUCAGCUCCACUAGGCCAGAGAAAUAUCUACGAUCAAGAGGGUUCUUAACUCGACCGCAUUAGUAUGUGCACUUGCUCACCCUAUACAGGGUGGGCCAGAAAAAAACGCCACCGGAUACUUCCACUACCAGGGGGUUAAAACUAUUGAUACUGUGGGAGAAUGGUGGACGGGGAAUCUUCCUAGAAGAGGAAUGAUACCUAGAUCGACCGAUUCUGUUCAGUAGUUUUUGUUGUAGAGACGUUUUUGUGAAGCAAGGUUAGAGUCCCUUGGCCAGGUUCAAUGCAGAAAACACAACGCUUUUGUUGCAGGUUACAACAUCUCGGGCCGGGCCAUGCUAACACAACCUUUACUCAGCUGCAAGUAGCCACUAGGAACCUUGUCGAUAUUAUCUCAUAUCAGUAUUAUUACCUUACAUUUAAUCAACCUACUAAGUUCAAUUUAUCGGUACAGUUCGAUUUUUCCUAUGCGCGAAUGAAGCCUGUCUGUGCUUCACAAAAUAGGCUCUAAAACAAAACUACUAAACCAAUUAGUGAAGUAAGUCUUAUAAAUAACACAUUUUCGAAAUUGGCUACAUCAACAUGUAGCUAGGAGUGCUUGUUACAGUUGUUUAAAUAAUUUGGCUAUAGUUUGGCUGAACAUUUUAAGGAAAAGUCGAGAAGAAAUAUUUUGAUAAGAAAUAGAA